AUGCCCCAGGUCAGAAAUCCAAUCCUUCCGGGCUUCAAUCCGGACCCGUCCAUCGUCCGUGUUGGUGAUGACUACUACAUCGCUACAUCCACUUUUGAGUGGUUUCCCGGUGUUCAGAUCCACCACUCCAAGGAUCUGGCCAAUUGGACUUUAGCUGUCCGUCCUCUCACUCGUAAGAGUCAGAUUGACAUGCGCGGCGAGCCAGAUAGUUGCGGUGUUUGGGCUCCCUGUUUGACUCAUGAUGGUGAACGCUUCUGGCUGGUGUAUACCGAUGUCAAGCGCAAGGACGGCUCUUUCAAGGAUGCGCAUAACUACAUCAUACAUGCUCCUGCUAUCGAGGGACCCUGGUCUGAUCCCGUCUAUGCCAACUCUUCAGGCUUUGAUCCCUCGCUUUUCCACGAUGACGAUGGUCGUAAGUGGUUCAACAACAUGACCUGGGACCACCGAGCUCGCCCUCACCUCUUCUCCGGCAUUUUUCUACAAGAAUUUGAUCCCAAAGCUGGCAAACUUGUCGGCCCACGAAAGAACAUUUUUGCAGGAACAGACCUAGCUUAUGUCGAAGGCUCGCAUCUCUACAAGCGCAACGGAUGGUACUACCUCUCCACAGCUGAAGGAGGCACAGGCUACACCCACGCCAUGACCCUCGCGCGCUCUCGCAACAUCUGGGGUCCAUACGAAGUGCAUCCCCAGAAGCACGUCAUCACCUCAAAGGACGCACCGCACGCUGCCCUCCAGAGAGCUGGCCAUGCGGAUAUUGUAGACACGCCCGAUGGCAGGACGUACAUCGUGCAUCUUACAGGACGACCUGUUACCCAGAAACGACGCUCGCCACUAGGACGUGAGACAGCUAUCCAAGAGGCGUACUGGGGCGACGACGACUGGCUGUAUAUCAAGAACGGCCCUGUUCCAAGCUUAUACGUCGACCUCCCUGCGGCCCGCGAUGACACAGCAUACUGGGAAGAGAAGCGAUACACUUUCCAAGACACCCUCCACAGCGACUUCCAGUGGCUUCGAACUCCCGAACCUGAGCGUAUCUUCAACAUCAAAGACAACCAGCUCAGCCUCAUUGGCCGCGAAUCCAUCGGAUCAUGGUUCGAGCAAGCGCUCGUCGCCCGACGCCAAACACACUUCUCCUACGACGCCGAAACAGUCAUUGACUUUUCCCCCGAAGACGAGCGCCAAUUCGCCGGCCUAACAGCGUACUACUGCCGCUUCAACUUCUUCUACCUCACCGUAACCGCCCACUCUGACGGGCAGCGUGAGCUGCUGAUCCUUAGCUCGGAAGAAUCCUUCCCGCACAGCAAACUCGAGCGACCCUUCCCGGAAGCCAUCAAGAUCCCCAAAGAGGGCAAAGUGCGUCUCGCGUUGACUAUCCGCGGCGCCGCUCUGCAGUUCUUCUACGCCCUCGAGGGACAAGAGUUGAGCAAAAUCGGACCGGUGUUUGACGCGACCAUCUUGUCUGAUGAGUGCGGUGGACAUCCCAAGGAUGGAAGCUUCACUGGUGCGUUUGUGGGGAUGGCGUGCUCUGAUGUUAACGGGUUGGCGAAGGAGGCCAAGUUUGAUUAUUUUGUGUAUCGGCCUGUGCAUCAUGAGUCAGAUCGAUAUGAUAUUUAA